UGUCAUGAGAUCAUCACCAAACAGAUUCUGUAACUGGACCUUGCAGAUAACGUGUGGACGACGGUGCAGAGAUGACCAGCCAUGCAGGACAGCUUUGAUGUCUGUUUGGUGGCUAAUCCGAACCCUCAAGACCUUUUGACACCAAAACACCCCUGAGUCUUCAAACUGUGUCAGGGCCUGAAAACAUCCAACAGGAAAGUAAUACAACCGUUUAUUUCAAGAGUUGCUGUACUGUUGCAAUAAAAGUAAUGAUGCCUUGUAAACUUAUAUUUUCAUUCUUUGAAUUCUUCUCAUUUAACUUCCCAGAAAGAAAUUCAUAAUUGUCCAGUUUACUCUGCAGACUCUCCCUUAGAGAUAGGGUCAGAAGCUUGGUCAUCCAGGAGGGGCCCAGAGUAGAGCCGCUGCUCCUCCACAUCGAGAGGAGCCAGCAAAGGUGGCUCGGGCAUCUUGUUAGGGUUAGGUUUAGGGUUCUGGAUGCCUCCCUAGUGGGGUUUUCUGGACACGUCCAACUGGGAGGAGACCCAAGGGAGAACCCAGGACACACUGGAACAUGUCUCUUGGUUGGACAGGGAACGCCUUAGGAUUCCCCCGAAGGAGUUGGCCCGUAUGGCUGGGGAGAAGGAAGUCUGGACCUCCCUAUUUAGGCUGCUGCCCCUGUGACCCAACCCCGGCUAAGCAGAUGAAAAUGGAUGGAUAGUUUUUACUUUUUUUUCUUUCUGUAUUUUGAUGAAAUUCAAAUUAGUCUUUAAUGUCAAAUAUGAGCUUUUGCACUUUUUCCAAAGUCAGUCCUCUCUUUUGGAACACAACGUCCCAUUAUUGUUUCUCAUGUUAAUCUUUUCUCAUUUUUGAAAUUGCUCCUGCACACAAGAUGGCAUGAAGAGUGUCGAUGGUUUUGCAGAAGUGGUUCAAAUUGUCAAAAUCCUUUUGUUUCAACUGAAAUUUAAAUUAAAUGUACCACUUUUGUCUGUGGAUGAUUUCCAGCAAAAUCAUCUUAUUUAUUUCAAAUAAACAACUUUGGCCUGAAGAACACAUACAUUCGGUAGAUGAGUGGAAUAAGCAAACCUUUUUGAGCUGAAGUCAGUCUAAGAUGUCCUUGAGCAGCAGGUGUGUCUGUGGGAGUGGCGGGAAACUCCACAGAUUCCCAGAAACUAUCCUCACAGCCUGUUGUCUCUUCCCACUGAUAUGCACCAUGGAGCAAAAGUUCCUGGCUCUAAUUUUGCAAGGCUUCUUUGCGGCCAUUUCCCAUUCAUCUUUACUUCAAAAGAGGCGUUGUGCUUUCCAGCUGAACAACAACAGGGUUGAUAAAUUCUUGUCAGCUGGUCAGGUGAAUGGAUCCGUUCAGAUCUGUGAGAAGACCAGCUGUUGUAUCGCAAUUUACAAGAUCCACUUGGAGCAGCUGGAGGUCGAAACGCUCGCUUGUGGCCUUGAAGAAAUGCACUGCCCAGAAUCAACUUGCCAUGGUCAACUCUUCAAGAAUCCUUUCAACAUCUGUCACUGCAGCACAGAUUUUUGCAACGCCAACCUUACAAUCAGUCCAGGGAUGGUGGAGCUUCCACACACACAGUCCUACUGGGCAGCCCUAGCAGCUGUGGUGGUGAUUGCAUCCAUUGCUGUCUUCAUCAUUAUGAUCAAAUGGAAACGUCUGAAGGGGGAGCUACCAUCUUCACAUCAAGAUUGUAGCGUUGAACAAUCAUGUUCCGGUCAAACAAAAACUUCAAAAAACAUCACUGACAUCGAACUCCAGGAAGUUUUGGGUCGUGGGAAUUUUGCAACAGUUUUUCAGGGGAAGCACAAUAAAAGUGUGGUGGCUGUGAAGGUGUAUCCUGCAGACAGGAGAUCUAGAUUCGCCAGAGAGAAGAAGAUUUUUGAGCUCCCACUGAUGAUGCACAGAGGCAUUGUAGAGUUCUUGGGCACUGGACAGAAACCAGAUAGUGGUAGCUGGUUCAUUGUGCUGCAGCAUGCUAAAUAUGGCUCUCUCCAUUCUUUUCUGUGUAAACAUACCACCAGCUGGAUGUUGUCGAUUAACUUGUGUCAGUCCUUAUCACAGGGACUUUCCUAUCUCCACUCCGACAUCCUCAGCCAUGGUGAGCACAAGCCUCCUGUGGCCCACAGAGAUCUCAGCAGCUCUAAUGUUCUGGUGACAGCAGAUGGAACGUGUGUUCUCUGUGAUUUCGGAUCUUCAACAAUCCUGCGUUCUUGUUCGGGCUUCUGGGGACAGAACAGGAGUAACAUGAUGACUCAUGCUCAUUGUGGCACACUCUGCUACAUGCCUCCUGAGAUCCUGGAAGGGUCAGUGAACCUGAGCAGCAGCUCGUUUCUCAUGCAGGGAGAUGUCUACGCCCUGGGUCUGAUUCUGUGGGAGAUAUGGAUGCGCUGCUAUGAUCUAUUUGAGGGUGGCGUUGCUCCACCGCAUCGUCUGCCUUAUGAACAGGAACUGGAAGAUAACUUCACACUGGACAAACUCAUGGUUCAUGUGUCUGAGAUGGACAAGAGACCCUCUAUACCUGAUUACUGGGACAAACUACCACAGGGAUCUGAGCUGACUGGGAUUCUGACGGACUGUUGGGACAAAGACAUGGACGCCCGACUGACAGCCCACUGUGUUGUGGAGAGAUUAAUCUCUCUUCAGUCCUCCUACAAUGACUGUUUGAGAAUAGAAUAGAAUAGAAUAGAAUAGAAUAAACUUUAUUAAUCCCACAGUGGGGAAAUUCACCCGUUACAACAGCACAAACACUUAGAGAAAAGGAAGAAGAAAAACAAAAAUAACAAAGUACAUAUAAAUACACAAAGGUAGCAAGCUAUUAUUGUAACUUUCUACAUUUAAAACAACGAAAAAAAUAUAAAAUUGAUUUGCCAAGAAAAUGCAGCAAAAGACAUGCAGACAUACUGAUGUACAUCCAGUACAGCACAAGUAUUGAACAUAAACUUAAUAUUACAUUGAUGUUAUUGUGUAACAGGAUAAUGCCAGUACCAGUUAUACUGAGGACUUAUCAACUCUUACUGCAGAGGGGAUUAAUGAUCUACGACAGCAUUCUGUUUAACUUCUGGGAUGUCUCAGUCUGCCUCUGAAGGAGCUGUCCAUGGUCUCCACAGUGAAACGCAGUCACUUCGCCAUCAUCCUCCUUUCACACACCUCCUCAGCUGAAUACAGCCCAGAACCGAGCUAGCUUUCUUAACUAGCUUGUUCAGUCUCUUCCUGUGUCGGUCAGAGCUGCCUGCACCUCAACAGACUUACUUCUUUCCAUGACAUAAGAUGGUAACUCUAUUUUUGUGCCAUUAGUGUAGCCUACUUUUUUUUUUUGCUACGUUUUGUUGUGUCGUAAUGUUCACAGGCUAACCACGGAUUUUUUAUUUGCUUCCAUAAAUAUUAAGAGUUAAAAGUCUCCUUGAACAAUGAUCCAGGUCAAAAUUACCAGAAAUUAUGCACUUGGGGAUUCAGAUAGUUUCGGCAAGUAAUAGAAUUAGACAGCUUUAUCGUCACUGCAUGCAAGGACUAUGUCAAGGUGCAGGUCUUAACAUAGAAGAUGAGUUUUAAAAAGCAUUGAAUAGCCUAAAUUAAAGCACAAUACAAAUCACUGCUGGCAUCUUGAAAGUUUAGUAUUAGUGAUUUUAGUGGUCAAACAGGUGGAGAGCAGGGUGAGUGGUGUCCCAGCUGCACCCUGCUGAGGGAGGCGAGGGGCAGAGCAGUUGAAAACCACACCGAAGAGCUGUGAUAUGAUGUUCUAUGUAAUCGGUGAUAUGAAAAGUUUGUAAGAGACCAUAAGGAGACAGAAUUAGUCACUGAUCCUUUGUUUGAUUUAGUUCAUGAAAAGUUGCAGAGUGGUUCAGUUGUAUAUUAUUCAUUGAUUUCCAUCUUGGAUCAUUAGAUUUUUAUUUGGAAUAUUGAUUUGCAU